GGGGACAGCGACGUGGGCAAGGGGGAGAUCCUGGCCAGCCUGCAGGACGGCGCCGCCGAGUCGCCCUACGGGUACCACAUGGGCAUAGAUUAUAAGACCACAACGAUUCUUCUAGACGGCCGACGCAUCAAGUUGCAGCUCUGGGAUACCUCAGGGCAAGGGAGAUUCUGCACCAUAUUUCGCUCUUACUCCAGAGGUGCUCAGGGAGUAAUCCUAGUGUAUGAUAUUACAAAUCGCUGGUCGUUUGAUGGAAUCGAUCGAUGGAUAAAAGAAAUAGAUGAGCAUGCUCCUGGUGUACCAAAAAUUCUGGUUGGAAAUCGCCUUCAUUUAGCCUUCAAGCGCCAAGUGUCUACUGAACAAGCACAAGCCUACGCUGAGAGGCUGGGCAUGACUUUUUUUGAAGUCAGUCCACUUUGUAAUUUCAAUAUUACAGAGUCCUUUACUGAGCUAGCAAGAAUAGUGUUAAUGAGGCAUGGAAUGGACCGGCUCUGGAGGCCAAACAAGGUACUGAGUCUGCAAGACCUUUGUUGCCGUGCCAUAGUUUCCUGUACCCCUGUGCAUCUUGUUGACAAGCUCCCUCUCCCUGUUGCCUUAAGAAGCCAUCUCAAAUCUUUCUCCAUGGCAAAUGGCCUUAAUGCCAGGAUGAUGCAUGGACGCUCCUACUCCCUCACAGCCAGCAACAUCAGCAAAAGGAACAGCUUAAAGAAAGCUAAAAUCAUCCGUCCACCACACAGCCCCCCAAAAAACUGUACAAGAAACAGCUGUAAAAUUUCUUAAGCUCUCAGUGGGAAAAGGAACCUGGAUGGGAUCCCCUGACGUGAAGCACUGAACACAGGACUCCUUGUUUAGUGGCUGAGCACACUCUGUGUAGGUUAUCACACUACACAGAUAAAUAUAAGAAAAAUAAAUCUUAUUUUAGAGCUUGCUCACUACAGUACUGCUGCUUUGGAAUGGAUGACAUGAAAGGAUGUGACGUUCUGCUGGUGGAUUUUCAUACUGCAUUUUAGUUUCCGACCUGCAUGAUGCCAUUGUCUUUACUAGUGGAUAUGUUUCCGUGCAGGGGAUAAUUAUCAUUAUAUAAAGUUCUUAAUUCCAUGAAAUCUGGAAAGUGA